AUGGACGACCUGACCGCCCAUUUCUUCCUGGCACUUCUUCUCCUCUCUUUCUCUGCUGCAACCUCUCCUGGUAAUUUCAUGCUGCGCUCGUAUAUGAUUUACAGCACCUAUAUGUGUGUUCUCCAGCUUUAUUCGAUCGUGUUGGUGCGAUGCACAGGGGAUGAUUUUGACUACGGUCCGAAUAGUAAGAAUGGGCCGGCUCAUUGGGGAGACAUUCGUCCCGAGUGGUAUAAGUGCAAAAAUGGAAGCAGCCAAUCUCCCAUUCGUCUCAGCAAUCGUGAGGUUCACUUUACAUCCCGUCUAGGCCCUCUUCACAUCAACUAUCGCCCCUCCAAUGCAUCUCUUUUUAAUACCGGCCAUGAUAUUAGGUUGGGGUGGACUUCAGGCGCAGGCUAUCUUCUCAUCAAUGGAGCCAAAUACGCUCUCCAACAGUGUCACUGGCACUCUCCUUCCGAACACACCAUUGAUGGCAAAAGGUUUGAUUUGGAGAUACAUAUGGUGCACAAAAGUGAAGCAGGGCAGAUUGCUGUGAUUGGCGUAUUUUACGAAAUCGGCUGGUUACCCGAUCGUUUCUUGCAAACGGUAACGGAUGAUUUGGUACACAUUUCUCAAGACAGAGAGGCAAAAUUAUCGUUGGGUGUGAUUGAUCCAGAGCUUGUCAUCAACAUAAACAGGAGACGGUAUUACAGAUAUAUGGGUUCUUUAACUACUCCUCCUUGUGAUGAGAAUGUGGUGUGGACCAUUGUUGGAGAGGUUAAACCCGUUUCAAAGGAGCAAGUUGGACUGCUUCGACUUGCCGUUCAAAACGUGAACAAUUUGGCGUGGUCAUUUGUUAUCGGUUCUCAUGACCAAAUGAAGCUGUGA